UGUCGAUGGUGUAUCGGCAAACUUAGGACUCUGUUUAGGACGGUGUCGUGAAACAGUACAUUAAAAGCAAAGCAUGGGUGACGAAACUGCUGAAGUUGGUGUGGAAUUCGGCAUUAAUAAAAGUUAUGCACAGAAUUACAAUACAUGGAGGAGAAAAGAAGAACUGCAGAAAUAUAAAUUCAUAGAUAAAUAUGAUGUUUACGAUGAGGGAGAUGACUCCAACUCUGAGACUGAGGAUGAAGAUGCAGAGGGCCUCACCCCACAGAUUGAGAAAGACUUCCUCAAGACUCUGUCCAUCAUCAAAAGUAGAGACCCCAAGAUGUACACCAAAGAUGCCAAGUUUUACGAGAGUGAAGAUUCCAAUUCAGAAGAUGACCAGCCAGGUUCAUCACGCAGACCUAAGGAAUCAUCAAGGAAAGAGAAGCCAAUGUACCUGAAGGACUACGAGAGAAAGAUCAUCGUCGAGAAGGAAGGAAAGUUCACCGAUGAUGUAGAAGAUGAGGAUGAGAUAGAGGACGAUGCAGAGGAACGUGAGAGGGCCAUGUCUCCUACUUACGCCGAGGAGCAACAACGUCUCAAAGAUAGCUUCUUCUCAGCUGUCCAUGAUGAUGCUGACGAUGAUGAUGACGAUGAGGAGGAUGAUGGUGACAUCCUAACCAUGAAGAAAAAAUCAAAGGCCGAUGAGGAAGAGGAGGAGAAGAAGUACAUUGAAUGGUUGAAAGGAGCGAAGGAUUCCUUGGGGCAAGAUGGUACUGAUGCUGCACAGCUGGACCCACUGAGGAAGUUUUGGACCAAUCCUGCUCUCGACGAUGGAGAGAAAUUCCUGAGGGAUUUUAUUCUCAAUAAAGGUUACAUUGAUAAACACACAACCGGCAGGGAUGGCUUCCAUAUGGAAGAUGAUGAGGAUGAUGAUGAGGAUGAUGAUGAGGAGGAUAAGAUGGAAGGGGAAGAGGAAGAUUUCUCAGAAGAAGAACGACAGUUGGAAGAACAGGAAGAUUUUGAGAGGAAGUACAAUUUUAGAUACGAGGAGCCUGAUUCAGACUUUAUCAAGCGUUAUCCCAGGACGGUGGCCGAGUCAGUGAGGAGGAAAGACACCGGCAGAGCUGAGAAAAGACAGGACAAGAAAUCAAGACAAGAACAGGAAAAGCAGAAGAAAAAAGAGGAUCUCAAACACCUUAAGAACUUGAAGAAACAGGAGAUUAUGGAGCGCAUUGAUAAACUGAAGGAAGUGACGGGCAACGACACCAUCGGAUUCGACCCCGAUGACCUGGAAGGAGACUUUGACCCCACGGAACAUGACCGUCUUAUGCAGAAAGUUUUUAGCGGUGAAUACGAAGGUCAGGAUGAACAUGUCAAACCUCAGUUUGCUAAUGAGGAGGAAUUUAAAGAAGAGGAUUGGGACGAGUGGACAAGAACAAACCAGGGCGGUGGUGAAGCACACGAAGAGGACCAGGAGUAUUACGAUGAGGAGUACGAUGAGGAGAAUGGCGAGCCACAUUGUGACGAUCCAGAUUUCAAUAUGGAUGCAGACUGCAUGGAUCCCAGUCAGAGGCGAGAGCAGGCAAGAUGGAAUCUGGCCGACGAGAUGCUCGGGGCGAGCCGCAAGAAACGCAAGAAGAUGUCCAUGUUCGCCAAGUCACUGGUCAAGAAGAAGCCUGUAUUCAAUCCAGAGGACAAAUCAUUUGAGGAUUACAUCGAGGAGUACUAUCGCCUAGACUACGAAGACAUGAUCGGGGAUCUGCCCUGCCGCUUCAAGUACCGCAACGUCCCCGCCAACAACUUUGGCCUGACGACAAACGAGAUCCUCCACUCUCGAGAGAAGGAGUUGAACCAGUGGGCCUCAUUGAAGAAGACUUGUCAAUACAGAUCUGAAGAGGAGGAAAAGCGAGACAUUGCAUUAUUCCAGAAAAUUGGUCAGAAUGAGGGCAAAAAGAAGAGAAUAUUUCUCAGCUUGCAAGAGGAAAGUGACACUGAGGAAACAGAAGAUGCUGAUAGCGCCCAAACAAGAACGAAGCCAGAAUCCAGGCGGAAAGAUGGCAAAGAGCGCAAGGGUGGUCACAAACCAUCGGAAAGCAGAAGCAAUUCAUCCUCGAGGAAACAGUCUGCAGGAGCAGGAAAGACAAAGAAAGUGGCCAAAAGCGAUGAUGGAGAAAGCCUGUCCGAUACUGCGAAGGGAAGCAGAGUUCAGGCAGCGGAGUCAUCCAAUGGAACGAACACUCCCAGCCUCCUUAGCAUCAAGACAGCGGACAAUCAAAGACUGGAGACGGAAGUAGGAAGUGGAGAACAUUCUAUGUCGCAAGAAGUCAAAGCUGAAUCAUCAUCAAAUGUGCUAUCGUCGAGAGAGAAGAAGAAGCAGAGAAAAAAAGAGAUGAUUGCGAAACUGAAAGGAUUGAAGGCUCGGAAGAACGUGAAGCGUCUUCAGGGGAUGAGAGGGAGGGUGAAAGUCGGUGCAGGGACCGUCUCAGAAGCCCGGCUACGGGCGUACGGGAUCAACCCCAAGAAGCAUAGAUAUCACAUGAAUGAAGCUGCAAAGAAAAAUAGAUGUUUUAAAAAAUAAAUGCAUGUAUUUUAAAUUAUAUGAGUAUGAGAAGGACAAGAUUUUAAUUGGUAACUUAUCAAAUUAUGACAUCCUAUAUGUGCCUGAUAAUUUUUUUUUAAAGCCCCACUGUCCUACUUGUAGCUACUUGCUCCCUCUAUAUAGAAAACUUCCCCAAUCGGUGCCUGUUGGUCCUCCAUGAUCCUCUUUUUCUUAUGUUAGUUGAGAGCUGAGUUAAUGAGAUAGCCACCUGUCAGUGACCUCGCUGUGUGGUCUAAUACCUUCUGGCCCAGUAGUAUUGAUGGUCUUUAAAGUUGGGUGUGUUGGAGAAGUGAGGGUUAUAAAUUGGUAAACGUGUAAACCAUGCGACCACAUGUGACCGAAUUUACAUGAUCAUGAGAGGAGAAUAUCUCAGGAAAUAAACUGCUUCAGACAUUGUGAAUGGAUGUUCUGUUGACGUGGGGCAGUUCUCUAAAUACAUAACUUUUAGAGAUUCUCUAGAGAAAGUUUUAUCCAAUCCAAUCCAGUCUAACACAUGGGAGAUCUCACCCUACUUACUUUUUGUUGAAUAACUAUUUACCCAAUUCAAUAUUUAAUCACAUAUAGGUUUGGUAAUGUCUCAUUUAAGAUAUUCAUAAUAUUCUUAUUGUUCUCCCAGAUUUCUUUCGGAUUUUCACCGACCUGAUUCCCGUUUUUAUAAAAAAUUUGUUAUCAAUAACAAAUUACAAUCAUUUCUAUGAGCCUCUGAAAUUAAUUGGCUUAUGAGCAGAUUCGUGAUAGAAUUGUAGCAGUUUUUAUUGAUAACAAGUUUUAUGAAACAGGCCCCUGAUUUAUCGGUUUUCCCACAAGUCAACCGCUUGCAAUGAUCGGACUGCUGUUUACUCUGCAAAUAUACACAUCAGAAGGUUAAAUGGACAUUUCGGCAACCUGAAUUCUGUGUGUAAUUUGUAGUUAUUAAAUGAAAUUUUUAAUAAAUAAUUUUAUCAUCAAA